AUGGGAGAAUAUAUUUAUAAUGUACAAGAAAAGAUUGAAAUAGUAAAUGGAGAGGUAUUAGAAGAAAGACAAAAAUGUAUGAAAAAUUUCAUUGGACUUGGACCACCUGAUUUAUGUAUAAUUAGUAAACAAUAUGAACCACCUAGAUUCGUACCAGGAUUAAAGACACAAAAGAUAUCAUCCUAUCAUUGGACCAUGGGGGUUAAUACAGGAUCGACAUCGGCAGCAGCCGUUUAUUUGGGUACAAUAUUGGACAAUCAAGAGAAAUCGUCAUUUGGUAGAGGAAAUUAUAAAAUCGAGCAAUGCCAUCUCAUCUCGUAUAAUGCGUUCCUCAGGAUGGAUUUACAUUUAGAAUUACCCGGUACAUCCAACCACCUAACACCACCAAUCACCUACUCAUUGAACUCCAAUGGCGAGAAGAACCAAAUCGAGGAAACAUUCUGGACUGAAACUUAUUUAUCAUCAGUACUUCGUUACAUUCAAGGUGCGCCUCCAUUCCUCAGACCUGUCAAAAUCAUACCAAACAUGUUAAAAGAUCCAUCGGAUGAGAAUGAUUUCCUUAAACUUUGUUCACAACAUUAUUGGGAGGGUAGAAAAUUGGGUGGUUUCGAUAGAGAACUCUAUAUUGACUUUAAAAAUGACCAUUCCACCACCACCACCACCGAAUCAAUGGAGAUAGAUGAUAGUAACAAUCUAUUGGUUUCAACAUUAUCCAAUUAUUUCCUCUCUAGAAAUAGAUAUUUACCAAUGUUAAAUUUCUUUGAAGAACUUCAAAAAACUGAACCAACAGUAUCAGUACCAGUAUCAAUCGCUCAUAGAUUAUUAGGUAAUAUUGAUCAAUCAAUUUCAAUAUUAGAAAAAUCUUUAUUAAAAUCACCAAACUCAACUUCAAUCUUAAUUGAAUUAUCUUCAACACUUUUAUUAAAAAAUAAUCGUUCAAAUAAUAACUACAACCAUAAUAAUAAUACUUCACCAGUUAUAACAACACCUGGUAGUUCAAAUUCACCAACAUCAUCUUCUGUUAUAAUAACACCACCACCAACAACAACAACAACAACAACAACAACAACAAAUAAUAAUACAACUACCACUACAAAUAUUGAUAAUAAUUCAACAUUAACAAUUCAAAAAGAUGAAACAUUAUUAUUAGCAUUAAAAUAUAUAUUAAAAGCAUUAUCAUUAAAACCAGGAUUAAUUGGUGCAUGGGAGAUUGCAAGUAAAAUAUUCAUUCAAAUGGGAUUAAUUGAAUGGGCAUUAGUAUUUUUAAAUAAUACACCAAAUGUUCAAUUGGAUCAUGCAACUGAUCGUGUUGGUAGAGGUAAAUAUCAAAAGGUUACACCACCACAAGAGAAUCCAAACAUUAUCAAUGUUUUAGAGGAUGAAGAAAUUGAAUUUGAUGAAGAACCAGGUGAUGAAGUUUUAAAACGUUUAUCUUCGAAUACCCUAAGUGGUGAUUCAAAGAAAUACUUUAAAAUUUUAGUUUCAUUAUUUAAAAAAAUAGGUUGGAUUCAAUUGGUUGAUAAAAAGAAUAAAAUUAUUGAUGAAUUGGCAAUUGCAUUAAGAGAUAAACAUAAAUUAGAGAAUAAUAAAAGUAGUGGUGGUAGUAAUAAUAAUUUUAAAAAAUCAAAUAGUAAUGAAACUGAUGGUAAUAAUAGUGUAAAUAUAACAAAAGAUGGUCAUAAUUCAGUUUCACCAUUAACAAAAACAACAAGAGCAACUGAAAAUACAUUAAAUAGUAGUAGUGGUAAUGUAAAUAAUACAAAUACUGAUGGUACUGAUGGUGGUGUAAAUAAUACAAAUACAAAUACUGAUAGUGGUACAGAACCACCUCCACCACAAAUCUCUGAAGAACCAAAUGUACCAAAAGAAGUAUUAUGGAGGGAUGAAGAUGUUACUUCUGAUGGUAGUGAUAUUGCUGAUGAUGAUUUAGAUAAAAUUGAUUUAGAAUCAGUUACUUCUCCAGAAAAUACUACAACAACAACAACAACUACAACAACAACUACAACAAGUGAACCAAAAAUUAUUAGACCUGAAUUUGAUGAAAAUUCAAUAACUUUUGAAAAUUUAUCAGAAACACUCUCAAAUUUCAUUGAUAAUUUCGGGUCAGAAUCAACUAAAGAUAAAUCUAAAAAACAAUAUAUUUCAUUUGAAAUUGAACCAAACUUUAACAAGGUUAAAUUACCAAUCUCUUAUAAUAAUAGAAAUUUAGAUAUGGCAUUUCAUUCAUUGUUUCAAGAUAUUAAAGCUUAUCAAGGUUGGAAAGAAGAAGAGGAACAAAAGAAAAUCAAUGAAAACGUUCAAAUCUCAUUAAAGAAUAUUAAUCCAAAUCGUACAAUUCCAGAUUGGAUUCGUUUGGCUCGUUUAGCUUAUAGAAUCGGUGAAUUGGGUGAUGCUGAAAAACUCUUUUUAAAAUUAAUCUCUGAAGAUAAAUCUCAUCCAUUGGUAACAUUAGGUUUAAUUAAAAUUUUCUCUGAUCAUGGUGAUAUUAGAAAUUGUAUAAUCUCUUCUUCACAACUUUCAAGAUAUUAUUCAUUUAAAUAUAAGACUUUAGAGAUGCAUCCAGUUAUAGAAAAAUCAAUUUUAGGUUUAAUUUCAAAUUAUGGUCUUCAAAAAGUUAGAAAUAUAUUUGCAACUUUAAAUGAUAAUUCAAGUUGCAUUUCUGGUUUAUUCUUAGAUUCUGUAAAAUGGAGAUCAAAUGGUUAUGAUAAAUAA